GGAGGAGGAACUUGGCUUAGGUGAUGUAUUCAGUCAUCUUAGUUUUCAUUUCUGACAGUCAUCAUGAAGACAGCAGUGACCCUCCUUGCUCUCUCUCUCCUUCAUGUCGGCUUUCCUGUACCAGUCAGCCGCCCAACCAACUGGCUCAGACAAUGCCAUGCCUCCACCAACCUCUCCAUCACAGCACUGGAGGUGCUGCCAGGUGGUGGCUGGGAUAACCUCCGGAAUAUAGAUCUGGGUCGAGUCAUGAACCUCAGCUACUUCCAGUGUCAGACCACUGAGGAUGGGGUCUACCUCAUCCCAGAUGAGGUGUUUGUCAUUCCCCAAAAACAGACGGGCGUGGAGACCAACUCAGAGAUAAUCAGCUCCUGGAUGGAGCAGAAAAGCUCUACAUCUUACUCCAUAAAUGCAGACAUAUCCUUCCUCUCUCUGCUGAAUGGCAAAUUUUCUACUGAGAACCAGAGGAUGAAAACCCAUCAGGUCAAAGACUCUUCAACUACAGCUAGAGUGCAGGUUCGUAACCACAUCUACACAGUUAAGGCUUAUCCAGACUUCACUCUGGACACACGCUUUGUUCAACAAGCCAAAGAGAUAGCUGAUGCAAUUGAAAACAACCAGACGAGGAACGCAGACUAUCUCUCAGAGAAGAUGGUGCUGGACUAUGGAACUCAUGUGAUCACUAGUGUCGAUGCGGGGGCUACUUUGGUGCAGGAAGACUACCUGAGUUCUACAUAUGUGUCGGACAGUGUGUCACAAAGUUCCUCUAUCAAAGCUCAAGCAGGCUUAAACUUCUUUGACAAACUGAAAUUUGACAUAAGCAGUCAAAAUACCCAACAGAGCUCAGCACUUCAAACAUAUCAGGCCAACAUUCAGUACUCUCUCAUUCAAAGCCAUGGAGGUGGCACACCUUUCUACCCCGGCAUCACUCUGCAGAAGUGGCAGGAAAGUACCAGAAAUAACCUAGUUGCUAUUGAUCGUUCAGGAUUCCCCCUACACUACUUUAUAAACACCAACACCAUCCCUGAUCUGCCAGAGCCCACAGUUCAAAAAGUAGCUCUUAGAGUGAAUCAAGCCAUAGAGCGAUACUACAAGGUCAACACCCGUCCUGGCUGUGUUGAUAUCAGCUCCAAGAACUUUAAUUUCCAGGCCAACCUUGAUGAUAAUUCCUGUGAGGGCCCUGCUACAAACCUCAGUUUUGGUGGUGUCUACCAAGAGUGUAUUAAACUCAGCUCAGAUGCAGAUCCACUUUGUGAUGCCCUGGCUCAGGCAAACCCUGGAACAGGUGGCUUCUCCUGUCGCUCACCUUACUCCCCAACUUUACUGAGAUCAGAAGUGAGACAGCAGGGUUACAAUGUGCAUCAGUGCUAUGACAGACGUUAUUCCUGUGGAUUUUUGGGGUUCUCCACUUGUCAUAGAUUAGAGUGUCAGGACAACUACUAUGUUCGCUAUGCUCGCAUCAACACCUACUGGUGUUCUGUAAAUGGAAAGGCCCCUGACAACUCAGGGUAUCUAUUUGGAGGCAUAUACAGCCCCUCUCUCCUGAACCCCCUCACCAAAACUAAAAGCUGCCCGCCAAACUUUAUUCCACUUAAGUUUUUCUCAGAUGGCCAAAUGAUCUGUGUGAGUGACGACUAUGAAACUGGCACCAGGUACGCAGUACCAUUCGGAGGCCUCUUCAGCUGUGAGUCAAGCAACCCACUGGCUGGAGGCCAACGCCGCUGCCCUCCCAAAUUCAGUCAGCACCUUGCUACAGUGAGUGAUGGCUGUGAAAUUCUUUACUGUGUUCAGUCAGGACUGUUCACAGGUGGGCAGCUGCUGCCAAUCCGUCUGCCUCCUUUCACUAAACCUCCACUUGUCAGCAUGCAAGCCACCAACACAGUAAUGGUGAUGACUGAGGGAGAAAAGAGCUGGGUCAGAGUAGGGCAGACCAAGAUGUGGAAACUGGCUAAACCAGAGGAAAUCAGGGAAAUUGUACGCCAGAUUCAUCCAGAAUUGAGUCAGAUGUCUAGUGGAGAGAAGGUAGGGGUAGCCUUUGGGGUGAUGGGUAUGAUGGUGCUGGUGGUUGUAGGGGCAGUACUCCUGCUGAAGAGAAGGAGAAGGUUGUCUGGGUUUAGGAUGAGUAGAGGCUAUGAGGAAAUACGUGGAGAGAUUGAGCAUGAUGAAUUAGAGAGGGACGCACAGCAAGAUGAGGCUUGAGAAAAACAAACAGCUUAUAAGCUUGGCACCCAGAGACUUUGCUUUUAAGUUCCUUGUUGAUAGUCAUCUCAAGUCACUGUUGCAUGGCUUAUGGGUGUGGAAAAAUUCUCACAUCUUUAAGGGCUCCUAGCUUAACUUAGUCAGACUUUGCAUUAACAGUUAGUCUUUUGAAAUGUUUAUGAAACCAGUCAGUAACUUACAUAGCUACACUGUAACACCUAACACUUUAGAUAGUAAAUCUUAUAGUUUUAUUAAUACAUUUUCUAGUAGACAUUUUUGCCUGAUAGCACGAUGUGUACUUUAAGCUGUUGUUUAGCACUGGUAAACUGCAUUUUGCACUUAAAAACUUACAAUAUGUAUGUAUGUAAAAACUUACAAUAUCAUAUUCUGUUAAAGUUGAUCAAAGACACAUUUGACUCCCGAGCAAUCUGCCUUUGAAAUCACGAAGUUAUACGAUGAAAGCAGUAGUGAUUUCCAAAGGCCACAGGGAAACCAAUACUACCCCCAUGAGGCUGAGAUGCACAAUACCACUUAGUGUAUAAAAAUGUUGUCCCCCAUUUAAGAACUUGAAUGCUUUGAAUGACUUUGCUUGGAUGUAUAAUUCAUAAUGCAUGUCGGAGGUAAUUUUUUUUUUUUUUUUUAAGUAAAAGAAGCAUUAGAUUAAGGAUUUAUUUUUGUACUGUACUUUGUAUCAUAUUACUAAAAUUGACUGGACUCAUAACUGAAUGUCAAUUAAACUUUUCUGCACUUCAUUAAAGCAAUUUAAAAUGA